AUGCGUCUCGACUCCUGCAUCGACCUCAUCUACGCGCACAUCGUCGGGUCAACAUUCUCGCAACCGCACUUCCAAGACUAUAUCAUCGAUACGCUAGCUUCCGUUCUCGAUUCAGCGCAAGCCUUCGAUCAAGGGGUUCUCGAAUUGCUGUUCUUGGAAAAGCACGCGUCAAGCGUGCUGAGACGAUUCAUCACUGACAAGAUGUUUGGGCACGAUAGACGAAUGCUGGGCAUGAUGAGAAAUUCUGUGGAGGAUAUUGUGACCGCACGCAGUGAUGUCAAAGGCUGUGAAUAUCAUAUACAUCAAGACGGGAUAUGCUAUAAACAUGGAAAGGCUGACGAGGGUAAAGACAUUGCUGGGGGUGUUAAGGUACCCGGAAAGAAGUGGAGUGUUGAUGACGACCCGGAAUUGAAUGCGAUGGCUGCACAAUACUCGGGUGGAAGUAAUAAGACAUCCGCUGUCACAACGGAAAAGAUGUCCCAUAAUCCGCCAAAAUCGACAAGGACUAUAAAAACCAAGCAUCGCAGCUUCAUGGAUAAGCAUCAAGAUCGAAACUACACUCGCACAUCGCAGUCGAAAAGGCCAUCUUUACACAUUACACUCUCAUCAAAGCUGCACAAUCAAGCCCAUACAGUCGUUCCCAGCAGCCCCCUUAGUCCCCCUCCCUCACUUCAAGCGUUGACUGCCGAUGUAGACAUCGAUAAACCAUUACCGCCUACACCAUCGCCACAUCAAUUACCCUUGCCGCUAUCUUUCAGUUUCCCUGAACCAAUAUUCAGAGACAUGUAUACCUUUUGUGAAGAAGCCUUUCAAACACCCAGCACUCAAGACCUAGUACUCGAGUGUCUCGGACGUCUUUCACCAACACUAUCUCGCACUCUUACUCAAGACCUAAUCGAGGGAGACACCGCUCGCUCGGCCUCUUACAGCGUUAAACCCAUUGAUUCAGCACGCAACCACACAUCGUCAAUUGCGUCAACAGAGUUUUUUGUUCCUGCAGCAACUCAGGCAAUACCUUCACCACCCACCUCUGAUGACUCUGCAACUCACUCUCCUUCAUCCGAAGAGGACAUCCCAUCAUCUCUCCGCCCUGGUUUUACCGUGCACACUUACAUGCCAACAAAAAACUUGACUUUCGCCUCUUUGCCAACACCAGAGUCUACAAUCCAGAGUCCACGCAAUUCAUCUUUGCAGAAUGAUCAACUCCACAACACCGCAUCUUGCGUACCGUUGCGACCCGAUACCGAGACUCGAACCAUCAUUCCUCGGUCCCCAAGUCCACACACCCCAAUACCGCCAGUCCAGCGACCUUAUCAUAUAUCCGCUACCUCUCCCUCUCUUCCACAUUUCCGCCCGCUGAUCAAACGAAAGCCUGCACCAUCGCGCGGAACAGACUGGCUAGAGCAACAGUACACGUUGUUUGCGCUACAAGGAACGCAAGGGUUUGGCUUGAGAAAGGGUGGUCGAAAGAAUGUGAGGAAGAGUCGGUUUAUGGAGAUAUUGGGCAGUGUUGGGAAGAUGGAUGGAGACGGUAGGAAGGGAUAA